UUCUCAUCACGUUUGUCUUGUUCAUGUCCAAUUUGGUUUCAUUACCAGAAGCUGCAUUUUCUUCUAAUUCUUCCAAAGAAGCUACUGCUCUUCUUACAUGGAAAAACAGCCUUCCAAACGAAUCUCAAUCUCACUUAUCUUCAUGGACUACUUCAGUUUCUUCUUCCAAUCUAAACCAAAUUAGGAAUCCGUGCAAGAAUUGGCUUGGUAUUUCAUGCAACUUUGCUGAAAGUGUCAUCCGAAUAAACCUUACCAACUCUAGCUUACAAGGUAUGCUUCAUGAAUUUUCAUUUUGGUCAUUUCCAAAUCUUGUCUAUGUUGAUCUUUCCAUGAAUGCUCUCUUUGGAACCAUUCCACCUCAAAUUAGCUACCUGUCAAAACUCAAAUAUCUUGAAUUGUCGUUUAAUAAGUUUUCAGGUAAAAUCCCACCAGAGAUUGGCCUGCUAACUAAUCUUGAAGUCCUCCACCUUGCUCGUAAUAAAUUGAAUGGCUCAAUUCCUAAAGAAAUUGGGUGUCUAAGCUUUCUAACUGACCUUGCUCUUUUCAAAAACCAUUUAGACGGUUCCAUUCCUUCUUCUUUGAGCAAUUUGAGCAACUUAGUUAAUUUGUUUCUCUAUGAAAAUGAACUUUCUGGUUCCAUUCCUGCACAAAUGGGAAACCUCUCAAAUUUGGUCAAACUUUUCAUUAAUACCAACCACCUGACAGGUCCAAUCCCUCCAACCUUUGGGAACUUGAAAAAGCUAACCACCAUGUAUAUGUUUGGUAAUUUACUUUUUGGUCAUAUACCUACAAACAUUGGAAGUUUGAAGUCCCUUGAAAAAUUAAGCUUGUUUGGAAAUAAUCUUUCCGGUUUAAUCCCGACAUCAUUAGGAGACUUGGAAAAUCUUACACUUCUUCAUCUCUCUGGUAAUAACCUUUUCGGACCCAUUCCUCCAGAAUUAGGAAAUUUGAGUUCCAUCAACGAUCUGCAAUUGAGUGAAAACCAGUUGCAUGGUCCUUUUCCAACUUCAUUUGCUAAUUUGAGCAACUUGAAAUCUUUAUUCCUUCGUGAUAAUGACCUUUCUGGUCCCAUUCCUCAAGGAAUAGGAGAUCUCAUUAACUUGGUUACUCUACAAUUGGACACAAAUCAAUUUAUUGGUCAUUUGCCUAAAAACAUUUGCCAUAGUGGAUUGCUUGAGAACUUUUCUGCAAGCAACAACCAUUUGGUUGGUCAAAUCCCCAAAAGCUUCAAAAAUUGCACAAGCUUAGUCAGAGUCCACUUGGAAGGUAACCAAUUUGUUGGAGAUAUAUCUGAUGACUUUGGUGUCUAUCCAAACUUGACCUUCAUAGAUCUAAGCCACAAUGGAUUUUAUGGAAAAAUUUCAAGUAAUUGGGCAGAAUGUCAUCAAUUACAGACCCUACUAAUUAGUAGGAACAAUAUUACUGGUAGCAUACCACCCGAGAUUGGAAACUGGACUCAGCUUGGUGAACUUGAUCUCUCUUCUAAUCGUAUAGUUGGGAUGAUUCCAAAAGAGCUCGGAAGGCUAAUUUCUCUAGUGCGAUUGAGGAUGAAUGACAAUCAAAUCUCUGGUGAUAUACCUUUGGAGUUUGGAUUGUUGACUAAUCUCGAAUAUCUUGACCUAUCCACAAACAAGUUGAAUAAGUCCAUUCCAAGUAAUUUUGGGGAUUUCAUGAAAUUGAACUACUUGAAUUUAAGCCACAACAAUUUUAGUGAAGGGCUUCCACUUCAUCUGCUGAGCUUAUUUCAUAUCACCAAGCUAGAUAUAAGUUAUAACUCUUUAAAUGGAGAGAUACCAGCAGAGAUUAGCAAAAUGGAGAGCUUAGAGAUCUUGAAUCUCUCCCACAAUAAUCUUUCCGGCUUCAUUCCAAAAGCCUUUGAAGAAAUGCGUGGCUUGUUGUAUAUUGACAUAUCCUACAAUGAGUUGCAGGGCCCCAUUCCCAAUUGCAAAGCAUUUUUAUAUGAUCCCGUAAGAACAUUACAAGGGAACAAGGGACUGUGCGGUAACGUUACAGGACUACAACCUUGCAAUUCUUCCAUGAUACACAAAUAUAGCUCAAGAAAGGGACACAAAGUCGUGUUUCUUGUCCUCUUUUUAGGAGUGCCUUUGGUUCUGCUUUCUUUCUUUGGAUUUUUUGUCUUUAUGCGAAGAAGAAAGAAAGAUCGAGAAUCAAAACAAAGCAAGAUCCAAGAUGAAGUAUUUCUUUUUGAAUCACGUUUUGAUGGAAGAGCAUUGUUUGAAGAUAUCAUAAGAGUAACAAAUGGUUUCGAUGCUAUAUAUUGCAUUGGGAAGGGAGGACAUGGAACAGUCUAUAAAGCAAAUUUGCCUUCAGGUGCUAUCAUAGCUGUGAAGAAAUUCAACCAGCCACUCUGUGCAACUGAGAAGAGAUUUGACAAGGCAUUAUUGAAUGAGAUAAGGGUAUUAACAGAAGUAAGACAUCGAAAUAUUGUAAAACUUUAUGGUUUCUGUUCCAAUGCACAACAUUCAUUCUUGGUUUGUCAGUAUCUAGAAAGGGGUAGCUUGGCCUUGAUCUUGGGGAACGAAGAUGCUGCUAAAAUAUUAGACUGGAGUAAGAGAUUGAAUAUUGUUAAAGGCGUGGCUUAUGCCUUGUCUUACAUGCACCAUGAUUGCUCACCUCCAAUUAUUCAUCGUGACAUAUCAAGUAGCAACAUCUUGCUGGAUUCUCAAUUUCAGGCUCAUGUUUCAGACUUUGGUACUGCUAAGAUUUUAAAGCCAGACUCAUCCAAUUGGACUUCAUUUGCAGGCACUUAUGGUUAUGUUGCACCAGAGCUUGCUUAUACAAUGAAGGUAACUGAGAAGUGCGAUGUAUAUAGCUUUGGGGUGUUGGCAAUUGAAAUCAUCAAGGGAAAACAUCCGGGUGAUUUCAUCUCCUCACUAUUAGCUACAUCAGCAAAGGAAAACACACAAGUGAAGGAUGUGUGGGACCAACGCCUUCCAUUUCCAACACUUCAAGUUGAGAAUGAACUUAAAACAAUUGUAAAGCUUGCCUUGGAAUGCUUAAAUGUCAACCCACAAUCAAGGCCGACGAUGCACAUGAUUUCUCAAGCUUUAUCAACCAAUAUUGCACAUUCCUAGAGCCAUCCAUAUAUGCAUUGACAACAUGAAAGUCGAGAGUGGAAGGUUAUCUAUAUUGACUACCGAUACUAAAAAUUACGGACAAUAUGUGCUGCAGUCAUGUUUUAGUCCAAGAUUGUUACUUAUUAGAGCAUUUUCUUUCCAUCCCAACUAUAUAUAUGUGUG